AAUUGUGGGUGUAGACUGUAGAGGAUCUGACAGGGUCGGGGCUGAACUUGUUUGCUGGAGUUGGGAGGGGCGGGAUGCCACCCGUCGCGGCUCUCGUCUCCUUUUGAUCUUUCCCCCCAUUUCGAAAGCAAAAUUCUAGGCGGGAGAGAGAGGCGGAGAUGGCUGCGGCCAUGGCGGAAACCCUAGCGCUGGCCCCAGUGGAGGACCCCGAGGCGCCCCUCGACGCGGCCGCCAUCCGAAGCCGGUUCGAGCAGCUCUCCACGCUGUGGGGAGGGGACGAGGAGGAGCCGGUGGAUGCUGCGGCGGCGGAGGACGAGCUGCGCUCCGGGUGCGAGGCGGAUAUGCAGGCGGAGGAUGCGUGGGACUCCAGCGCUGCUGAUCUAGAGAGUCGCUGUUUGGAUUCGUACAUUGAGUGGUUGAGAAAGGAGGUGAGCUUGACAGAGGAGGAGAACUGCAAGUUAUCUGCCCAGAUUAGUGUCAUUGGAGAGACAGUGUUCAAAGACACGAUCCCGCUGGAUGCUGAGAUUGAAUCACUGGAGUCUUCACUGAACACACUUGAUUCAGAGGGUUUGAAACAUUUGGAAGCAAGUCCUAUCUCAACUGAUUCAGGCUUCAACCAAAUAGAUAUUGAGAAGGACUGCGAAUAUGAGGAACUGAAACUAGAUCAUCAAAUAGGAAAAAGUGAGAUGGACUUGAAGCUGCUACAAAUACAAAGUAUUUCAAUGCAAAGGGAUGAAGAAAUUUGGCAGCUUCAAUCUCUGGUUUCAGGACCAAAAGUCUUAGAGUUUAAAGACAAUUGUCUCAGGGUGCUCCCGAAGGCACCUAUACUGACCUCGGAAUGUGUAAUUCUUGGACAAAAGUUGGAUUGUGUUGUUGAUUCUUCUGUUUCAGAUCAUGAGUUACUGAUAGAAGUUGAUGAAGGAAGCAUGGAACUGAAUAAAGUCCAGAUCUUUCCUGCUGAUGUUUGUGUAGAUAUACUGAUUGAGAAGCUCAAAUCCUCCAGAGAGGUCAUUUCCGCUCCAUCUUUGGGAUGGCUCAUUCGGCAAUGUCAACAACAGAUUGUAAUCAACACUCUAAGACGAUCGUUGGUGAAUGAUGCCAAUAAUUCCAGGCAUUCUUUUGAGUACUCUGACAAAGAUGAAACAAUCGUAGCUCAUUUGGUUGGUGCAAUUGAUGCCUUCUUCAAGAUAUCUGCAGAUUGGCCACUGUCGUCCUAUGGUCUGAAGUUAAUCUCAAUCCGCAAUUCAGGGACCCAGCCAACGAAUAUAACUUUAGAUUUGCUCUGCAAGACCAAGGAACUUGCCAAUGGCUUGGAGCUUGAGACUCGUCGGCAUCUGGUAAGAUUUGUAGACGCCGUUGAGGAGAUUCUUGUUCGGGAGAUGCAGUCAGAGCUCCACUCCAGCAGGGUUUCUGCUUAGAAUCGAGUUCUGGGCUCGGCUUCUCAUCAAGUUGAUGGCAGACAGGAGCUCAUUUCAGAUUACCCUUAUACUUCGUACAGAUCUGGUGCCACUUGACCUUCUACGCAUGUGGAAUCGAGUGCUGUUGCUGCUAGGUAUAACGGCAUAGAUUUAGUCCAUUUUUUUAUUGUAGUUAAAAAAAAGGUGUGCGCAAAAGCUUGAACCGUCGAAAGAUCAGGCGGGAUUGUGGUUGUAUUGGUUCUUUAUACCAGACUGUUAAACUGUGUCCUCCAGUGCACUGUUCAAUUGACUGACGCUGUGAUAAAAAGGAAAUAAGAAAAAUGCAAUUAGCUAGA